UUGACGCGAUGAUGGACCCGCCUUAAACACCGUCUUCCGCCGUGAACAUCGCGCCGCAGCGGUCGCAGUGAUCGCAUCGCUCGUCUCCGACAUCGAAAAGCCAAGAAAAAAACGCGAUGCGCCGCGCCUGGCCGCAGCUCCUCCGCUGCUGCGCCCUCGCCGCGGCGCUGCAAUCCACCGCGCCGCCGCGGUCGCUCUACGUGCACCUGCCGUUUUGCCGGCGCCGCUGUUUUUACUGCGACUUCCCCGUCGUCGUCGCCGGCGAGGCGUCGGCGACGCGCGACCGCGCGACCGCGCGCUACGUCGACCUGCUCGAACACGAGAUGGCGUCGUGGGACGCGCGCGCCGCGCCGCUCGACGCCGUCUACCUCGGCGGCGGCACGCCGUCGCUCGUGGAGCCGGCGCACAUCCGGCGCCUCCUCGACGGCGUGCGCGGCGCCGUCGGCGUCGCGGAAGGCGCGGAGGUCACCAUCGAGUGCGAUCCGGGCACCUUCGACGCCGAAAAGCUCGCGGCCUACGUCGCCGCGGGCGUGACGCGCGUGUCCCUGGGCGUCCAGUCCUUCGACGACGGCGUCCUCGAGGCCGCGGGCCGCGCGCACCGGCGGGCCGACGCGCUCGCGGCCGUGGCGGCCGUCCGCGCCGCGGACCUGCCGCACGGCUGGAGCCUCGACCUCAUCUCGGGCCUGCCCGGCCUCGACGGCGGCCUCUGGCGCGACACGCUGGCGGAGGCCCUGGCCUUCGAGCCGCCCCACGUGUCGAGCUACGACCUGCAGGUCGAGGCGGGGACCGCGUUCGGGCGAUGGUACGACGACGACGGCGCGAAACCGUCCCCGGCGCGCCCCGCGCUGCCGGACGAGGCGCUGGCGGCGGACAUGUACCGCGACGCGUCGCGGCUGCUGCGGGGCGCGGGCUACUGGCACUACGAGAUCUCGUCCUACGCGCGGACGCCCGCGCGGAAAGCGGUCCACAACGCGCUCUACUGGCGGCCGCGCGCGUCGUGGCUCGCGCUGGGCCUCGGCGCGACGUCGUCGGCCGGCGGCGACCGCUUCACGCGACCCCGGGCCAUGGCCGACUACGAGGCCUGGGUCGCCGGCGGCGCGGCCGUCGGCGAAAGCGACGAAUCCGACGGCGCCGACUGGCUCCUCGACGAGCUCCUCACGGGCCUCCGGACGUCCGACGGCGUCGACCUCGGCCGCGUCCGGGCCGAGUACGGCGCCGACGCCGAGGCCGCCGUGCGCCGCGGCGCGGCCGACGCCGUCGCGGCGAACCUCGCGACGCUCGAGGGCGACGCGCUCGCGCUCGCGGACCCCGACGGGUUCCUCUUCUCCAACUUCGCGCUGUCGUCCAUCUUCGCGGCGUUAGACGAUUCCUAGCCU